GGUGAACGGAACGCGUUAUGAGCGUUUACUACUAUUAGUACUAUUAUUAUUAUUCAUUCCUCCUCCCGUACGUACGUGCUAUAUAUAUUAUUUAUUUUUAUUUUUUUUUUGUUUUCAAAAUGGCCGUGUGUCCACUGUUUGUUGUUUAGAGCGCGCGUCCGCGAAAUGUUGUCACGUCUCAUCGUUGAUAAAACCAAUUCCGAUACGUUUGACCAGUGCGCGCUUAAUACAUUUCAUUCUAUCGUCACCGCACGCGCUUGCCCGUCCCGUUCCGACGGACACUUGGUCGAAUUCCGCGGGUCCCGCUGAAUCCCGGUAAAUCUAUCCGUGUAUCGCGCGUCGACUAAGUUAUUUUUUUCCUGAUAUAGUUGUCGCUUGGUCCGUGGUGUGUCCCGCGUCUAAGUACCGCCGCCUGGUCCGGAGUGUUCGGCAUCCGAUCGCGACAAUUGGUGGUUGUCUGAAAGGGUCGAAAAUCAUUUACAUUCAGUUCUUCUUGCGAUGACCGUUGUGGACCCAUGUUCGACGCAAUGACUGACACCAAGCGGCGAGUGAAGUUGUACGCCCUGAAUGCUGAUCGUCAGUGGGACGAUCGUGGCACAGGGCAUGUGUCGUGCACAUACGUUGAACGGCUGAAAGGCGUUUCUCUUUUGGUUCGAGCCGAAGCUGAUGGUGCUCUUUUAUUAGAAUCCAAAAUUCAACACGAUACAGUUUAUCAAAAACAACAAGAUACACUCAUUGUUUGGUCUGAAGCUGAUAAUUUUGACUUAGCAUUAAGUUUUCAAGAAAAAGCCGGUUGUGAAGAAAUAUGGGAAAAAAUUUGUAGUGUUCAAGGAAAGGACCCAACAAUAGAAACUACUCAAGAUAUUGUUGAAGAGUCUGAAGAUGAGCGAUUUGAUGAUCUGUCAGAUUCAGCUCCUCCUGUUGAAUUACCACUAUGUGAAAUAGGCAGACUUAAAGAAAUUAAAGACCUUUUUAUCACUUGUAUGGCCACACCUUUAAAUAAAGAUAGGCUAGCUGAAGCUAUUGAAAAUGAUGGCUAUGUACGCAAGUUGGUAAAAUUAUUCAAUCUAUGUGAGGAUCUCAAUAAUUUGGAAGGUCUUCAUUGUUUGUAUGAUAUUGUCAAAAACAUUUUCCUUAUCAAUAAAAAUGCUUUGUUUGAAAUGCUUUUUGCUGAUGAUAUUAUAUUUGAUGUCAUUGGCUGUUUAGAGUAUGAUCCAACUUUACCUAUCCGUAAAUACCAUAGACAUCAUUUAAAGAAUGUUUCCAAAUUUAAAGAAGUCAUACUAAUAACUAAUCUCGAGUUAUUGAACAAAAUACAUCAAACACAUAGAGUGCAGUACAUACAAGAUGUGGUUCUUCCUACGCCAUCUGUAUUUGAAGAUAAUAUGUUAUCUGCAUUAAGUAGUUUUAUAUUUUUCAAUAAAGUGGAAAUUGUCACUUUAAUACAAGAAGAUGAAAAGUUUUUACCAGAUCUGUUAGGUCAACUACAAGACGAAAGCACACCAGACUCCAGGAAACUAGAAUUAGUACAAUUCCUGAAGGAAUUCUGCAACUUUUCACAAAAUUUACAGCCUCCCCAGAAGGAAGGAUUCUUCAGAACACUAACUUCUCUGGGUAUUUUACCAAUGCUUGAAAUGACUUUAAUGUCUGAAGAUGUGAAUAUAAAACAGGCCGCCAUUGACAUUCUUACUAUUCUUGUUGAAUUCUCACCUUCUGUUAUACGAGAAUACAUUCUUCAGCAGUCUUCUGAUACUGUGACUCAAGCAAACGGAAAUGAAGUAGAAUUGAUGUUGAUGAAUGUAAUAAUCGAACAGAUGAUAUGUGAUACAGAUCCUGAUCUCGGACGUGCGGUCCAGCUAAUGGGUGUUAUACGAGUUUUAAUUGACCCCGAAAACAUGUUGCCUUCACUAAGCAAAGUAGAAAAAACUGAUUUUCUCAACUAUUUUUACAAACACAGUGUCCAGAUUCUCAUAGCGCCAUUAUUGGCAAAUACAGUGGAUGGUGAACCAGCGCGAGAUGACUAUCAAAAUGCUCAGUUAUUGGCACAUAUCCUUGAGUUGCUAACAUUUUGUGUAGAACAUCAUUCAUAUCAUAUAAAAACUUGCAUACUGAACAAAGAUUUAUUGAAACGUGUAUUGGUACUAAUGAAGUCAGCCCAUAAAUUUUUAGUAUUAGGAGCUUUACGAUUCAUGAGGAAAAUUGUUGCAUUAAAAGACGAGUUUUAUAACCGUUAUAUUAUGAAGGGAUGUUUAUUUGGUCCUGUUAUUGAUUGCCUACUAGAUAAUAAUGGCCGUUACAAUUUACUCGAUUCUGCCAUCAUUGAAUUGUUUGAAUUUAUUAAACUUGAAGAUAUUAAGAUAUUAAUAGCACAUGUCGUUGAAAAUUAUGGUAAAAAGUUUGAACAUAUUGAUUAUGUACAAACAUUCAAAGCUCUUAGGAUACGUCAUAGUCAGCAAACAGAAAAAUUAAAAGAAAAACCUAUCACAAACGUGACUGUAUCAACUGGUCGAUUUAGAAGAGAUCCACGACAAAUAGAAGACGAAGAAGAAAUAUGGUUUAAUAAUGAAGAUGAUGAAUUUGAUGAUGGUGAAGCAGUUGUUCCACAUACAGGAAUGACAGGUUCAACUGAAAUUACAGCCUCUGAACAAUUGGAAUCUAUCGGUAAAAGUAUUGACAAGAAAUGUGAAGGUAGCAGCACAAAAAUAUUUGGUACUACUGUAAAAACAACCCCAGUUAUGAAUAAUAAUUUGGUAGCUACUCCUACAUUAAGUUCAUCACCUGAAGAAUCAAAAAAUAGUUCUCUUUUGAAAAAAGCUCUAGUUGACUAUGAAGGUGAUUCAGAUGAAGAAGAAGAUGAAAAUGGAGAUUUAAAAUCGCCAACCAAGAGGCCCCGUUAUACAUAAAAAUAUGUUUGUAAAUUUUCUUAUAUCUAUAAUUUGAAUAAUAAUUUACCUGUUUUGUUAUACAAAACAAGCGCCAACACUUGAUAAUUUUAAGUUAUAGACUAAAUGACAUCACCCUUGUGUAAAUAAUAAUCAUGCUAAGUAUGAUAUGCCUUAUAGAUGUUUUCAUAAAUAAUGUGUAAAGCUAGGUAAAUGUUGCUUAAAAACAUUUCUAUUUUCAUUUUUUACCCAAAACCAAUUCUUGUAUAUUUGACUUUCCUUUGGACUGUUAAUAUCUAUCAGUACUUAAUGAUAACUAUUAUUGUAAUAACAAUAACAAAAGCAAAACAAAACAAAAUUGUACCUGGUUUAUAAUUCUCAAAAGGAACAAUCAAACUAACUAACAAGUUAACUAUUAAAUAUUGGUAUUAGCUAGACCAAUACGAUCCAUAAUUUUAUUUUUAUGUUGUUUUAAAGUGAUCUUUAAAUUACUACAAUUUUUGUUGUGAUAUUUUGACCUCUAAUUUGUUUUCUUUUUGUUUUUGUACAAAUUUCGCUGUUCACAUGCUGCGAGCCACAAUUGUAAUGUAAUUGAUUUCAUACAAACCUUAGAGCUUUGUGUAGAUAUUUUCAUGUCAAUGGUGUAUAUUAAAAAAUUAUACAAUAUCAAUUUUUAGA